AUGAUUCUGAUUCUUAAAUACACGGGAGCAACAAUCCUUUUACUGUCUGUUGUAAUUGAAAUUGGACAGCUUUAUCCAAACAAUGACUUUGGCUGUGAAGAGUGCAAACUCAAGGAGAACAAUAUUUUCUCAAAACCCGGUGCACCUGUGUAUCAGUGCAUGGGAUGCUGCUUUUCCAGAGCUUAUCCGACUCCUUUGAGGUCCAAGAAAACUAUGUUGGUCCCAAAGAAUAUCACAUCUGAAGCCACGUGUUGUGUUGCCAAAGAGGUUAGACGGGUUAUUGUUAAUGAUGUAAAGCUAGUGAAUCAUACAGACUGCCAUUGCAGCACUUGCUACUAUCAUAAAUUUUAG